GUUCAGCAGUUACAUGACAAGCGCGCUCGCUUCCAUCGCCCCAAAUACAGUCUGCUCUUCGAUACUUUUGUGUUAACACCUCCAUCCUGCUGUUUGUGACUCGCAAGCAAAAAUCAAGCUCUUCAAGAUGAAGCUGUGGUUGGUUGGCGCCAUAAUUAUUUCUAUUGGGCUUCCAUCCGUAUUGGGCCUAAAGUGCAUGACCUGCACCAGUUCCGAGUCAUGGGAUAAAUGCGAAGGAAAAAGCAAGACCUGCAUAGCUCCGCUGGCCGAUCAAUGUCUUAAACUCUACUUCAAAGUUGGCUCAACCGAGUCGUUCAUUAAAAUGUGCGGAUCCGAUGCUUACUGUGAUGAGAAAACCAACCCUACCUGUAAAGCCGCCAGUGGAUCCUCUGAGUGUAAAAUCGACUGCUGCAAAGGUGACGACUGCAAUGCUGGCACAGCAACCCGCAUCAGCGGUAUUCUGUUUUUGUCAUGCGCCCUGACCUCUCUGAUGAUCUUUUUCAAAGCCUGAUGUGAGGUCAUGUACGGCUAAUGAGCCGUGUUGCAACUUAUUUAUACCUUUUUCUAAGAUGUUAAUCACAUUGCAUUUUGGGGAGAACACUUAGCUUUGGGGCAAUAAUGAUUCUAUAGCAGUUUAUAUUCUCUUGUCAUACCGAAAACUGUUUUUCGUAAUUUCAUGCAGUUAAGCUGAUUUAUUUCUGCAGGUAACAAUGAACAUGGUAGUUGUGAGGCAAUGAUAUUAUCCAUUAAUUUUAGUUUUUUUUCCAGGAUGCUUAUUAUUCACAUAUAGAAUAGAACUGUUUGUGUUUUUUUUUUUAAUUUGAUGCAGCACCAAAAAUAUAAUCGUGUAUUUCUGU